AUGUCUACGGUUAUGAGCCUGACCAGCGACGUCAAGUCGGGGUCUAUCAAGGCUUGUGACAAGGCUGUAGAUGAGUUGAUUUCUUUAUUGAAUCCCAGGAAUCGGACUGUUAAUCUUGCCGAUCUAGGUGACAAGAGCUAUCAUCAAAUAUUCGAGGCCCUAUUUAAUGUUGUGAUCCGCGACAGGCCCGCCUUGUAUGACAAAAGGAAGAAAGAGUCUGCUCGCAAGGUAGCCGCUGCCCGCCUGACCAAGUGUGCUUCGGCCAUCCGCAUGACCGCUGCUAGAGGUGCCCCCAAACUAGGACGCAAAACCCUGUUAGCUCUUAUAGACCACAUCACACAAGUUCUGCCGGAUCCAGAUGGUGAUUUUGUUGCACCCCUGAUACAAGAUUAUGUCAAGGCCUUGUCCGAGGUGCUCUCACGCCAGCCGCAUGUUGAGUUCCUGGCCAGGCAAGAUGCGAAGCCCUGGGAAGCUUGUGUUGACUUUCUACUUGAUAUAGUCGCCUAUAUUAUUCCUAGUGAAGCUCACAGUAGUUUGAUAUCUGUGGCACGCCCCUCUCCUGCUCCAGAUGCCUCGACACCACGCUCCACCAUGCGAUCUAAUAAUUCGAAUCAAGGCCAAAAGCGAGCAGGCCUUGCUGAGGGCGAGCCGCUCAGAGAUGCUCUUGAAGGCCUCCAGUACUUGAGUCAAGCAUCAAAUGCACCCAUAGGACGGCGAGGAAGAAACGUUACGGAACUGGCCAUUCGCGUCCUUAACAUGAGGCACCUUAGUCUUGGAUCUAUGCAAGCAAUGUGUUUCUCAAUUUGCAAUACAAUAUUUGCACGGACUCAAGCUGAAGAUCUUGAAUACGGACUUUCUUUAGUGAAGAAACUUCUACCAUUGAUGAGCUAUUGGUGGAGGGCCGAGAAGGUGUCCCAAGACGAGCUCAUAAAGGGUUUGCGAAGUGAGAUUUCCAAGACAAUUUACCUGGCUCAUCCACAUAUUGAGCAUGUAUCCAGCAAAUGGAACGAGGAGAUUCGAAAUGACAUUGAGAACCUUGUGGAUCCCCUAUGGCAAGAAUACUCUAAAAGAGGUGAACCGUUUCGGCUCCAGCUGCACGAUCUUACUUUCAACCAGUCGGCCCUGCCAAGUAGCACAAUGCACUUGAGCUUGUUUGGAAUACGAAACCAUAAUUCCGAAGGAGAAGGCCACUGGGCACUUGUGCAGAAUCUUUCAUUCCUAGAGAGUAUUCUCUUGACGCGCGGCGGCAUUUCGGCGAGGGAUACUGCGGGGAACAGCGAGCAACCACGAAAGCGACAACGGACUCGGGAAUGCCUGAGCCGCCUGAGACUGAAGCUCAGAUCAAGAGACGUGGGGACUCAAAGAACUGCACUUCAGUUAUUGCCUUUUCUGGUCGAAGGUUUCGGCAUUGCAGGCGAAGAUCUCACCUCGAUCCUAGACGAUCUAGUCACAUAUGUCUCCAACAAAGAUCCAAUUACAGCAUCAUGGGCCUUGGUCGCAUCAGCCAGCUGUGCAUCGUUGCCUCGGAUGAGUGAAUUGGAUGGAGACCAAUGGAAACAGCUCUGGCAUUUGGCUGUGAGAUCGGUUAGCAUCCCCACAACAUGCCGGGCGGCCUGUUUGCUUCUGCACCGAAUCAUUGAAAAGGAUUUACUUCCAUACAAUACUAUUUCAGAGGAUAUAGACGGUAUCGUCACAACGGCUGAUGUAAAUGGGCCUGGCCUGGUUUGUGAUACCUCACUUGCCCUAAUGCUUCACCUCUUACAUGCUCGGAAUGCACGACUGCCCAGUGCGAGUCAGGCAACAUCUAAUCAUAUAAUAAGAUGGGUGUUUCUAAAAUGGAAUCCAAACGAGUCAGCCUUUGCGUCCUCCGUCUCGGUUCUCAUCCAGCCUCUGGACCUCGUUAACCUGCUUCGAGUAUGUUGCGGCGUCCAACCAUUGCGCUGGAAUGAAAUAGCCGCUAGUUUAGGGACGUCUCUGGGGGCUACGUGGAGAACGCAACACGAAAUGGCGGGAUUUAAUGAUUAUUUACUGUUAUUGAAGCGUGGAGAACCAAGCUACGACAUCCAGCCAUGCAUCUACCGUUCGGACUCCGGCCGACAGCUUCAACCUGCAGCAGAUUCGCACAGUUUCUACCCGUCUAAGAAGCUUGCAUUUGAGCUCUUCUCUCCGAAAUUCGAUGAUCUGGUCGAACUGUGCAGUACAUGGUUGAAGAAGCCCAGCGAUGGGGGGACUCAGAUUUCUUUAGAUCGAUUCCAGAGCUUAUUAUCUGCCUGCAUCGUUGGGUCGCUUCUGCUCCCCCAGUUUGCUGACUUGAACACGCCCCAAUCAACCUCAAUGGAAUCCAACCUUGUCGAUCUAGCGGAGCGAAGCCUGGUAGUCGCAUUAGACUCUGUCGAACCGGAGGCCUUUGUGGAUGCUACCUUGCGAGUGUUACGGCCCUGUAUGCCCGGUAUGACAACUGCUGAUUUGAACAGAUCGCAUUCACACCACUCCUCCUUUCUCCAUAUUUUAACAACUAUUUCAAGAGUACUUGAUCAGAGGCAGUCCAGCACAGCUGUCGGUACAAGCUUGGGUCUGAUGGACCUCGACGACGAAUUUGACUCGCAGAGCAGCAGGGCCACGUCUGCUUCGAACCCUAUGCCUGUACCGAGGCAAAAUGUUCAGUUGUCUACAAGCCCACGAGUAUUCCACGUGGAGACAAGAAUGCGACUAGGGCUGCUUCGUGCCAUCCAUGAUGACUCUAGUCAGAUUGGUCUGCUUCCCGAAGCGUGGAUUGACGAUUUGCUGCUGAUGUCUGACGAUGACCUAUUGUGUUGUCAGGCUCUACUGUUGGAAAUUUCCAACUCUGAUUUAGUUGUGGGCUCAGAAAGUGCAUACAAUAUUAUUCAAAGACUAGGAUCAAUUAUCUCUACGUCUGACUACCAAUGCUGCGAGGUGGCACUUACGACGUGCAUAGAUGUCCUUGAUGGACUGCAUAAUAUCUGGUUGAAUGAUAAUCAAGAUCUUGCGGAAGGCGUCGGUGAUUUAUACAACUAUUUUAUCAAGGUGUGCCUACCUUCUAAUUUCUUUUCUGCCAAGGCUCAAAUGUCAAUGGCGCGUUUGCUUUUCUCAUUGCUCAGCGCAAAUCCGGCGUAUGGCACCAACUUAGGUCUGGCUUCAUGUCGUACAUCAUUACUCAACAUUCUUAGCACUGGUUCGAUGCAAGUGAAGUGCUUCGUGGCUGACAGGAUUGCUGGAAUAUUUGAUUUGUUUAUAUUGAUGCUUCAUGAUGAAAUAUUCGUCGAUGUUCUCGCAAGCUUGCCAACCAAUCCUGCAGACACGUCCGGUAUUGCCUUCAGGCUUCUUGCUUUAUCCAAGUUGGCCUGCAGAUGGCCGACUUUACUGCGGCGAUGCAUAUAUCACAUAUUCGAGACUCCAGGGAAGAUUUCGCAGUCUAUUGAUUAUGCAAAGUGGUGUCUUGCCGAUAUAUCAAGUACGCUCGAGUUGAAAUCACCGAAAGACCUUUUCCGACUAUUCUCGCGUCAGUUGCUCUACACCUGGAUGGAACAUGAUUCCAUUAACGACAUUCCCUUUGCUAUAUUCGGGUUUAAAGAUUUGGAAGAUCUCUUGCGAUCUGCCCAGGCAGAGGCUAUUGCGUUGGCGGUGAUGCGAACUCAGGAGUCAACAAGUGCUGCCUUGGCUAAUUUACUCGGAAUGACUGAAGGAGAUUUGAUCAAGCGAAACUUUUCCACCGCCUUGUCGUAUAGCAUGGCCUAUGGAGAUGCCUUCAGCGAGACCCGUAAUGAGAAGGGCGAAGACUACAUUCGAAAAAAGAUGGGAGGUAAAGGCUACAUGGAAGCAAUAUACAUCAAUCUUGUUGAUACUAUUGCAACAUUUUUCGAUCUAAUUGACCAAGAGGAUAAUCUGGAAAAGAUUUUUCGAAAACACGAAGAUAUCUGCUAUGCGGCAGACAAUCUGGAAGCGAUCAAGAAGCUGGCUUGCUCGUCCAGUAAGCUUCCACCGAAUCAGCAGCCCAUGUUUCGAGCCAAAUAUAUUAUUCACGAUAUUUUCAGGCUUUGCCAAGGCACGGAGUUUCAAUUUCAAGACCUGUGGACGCCUUCGUUGGUUCUGUCAGUGACAAGAAGCUUAUUCAACACUGUCCACCCAGCCUUGGGCCCCCUCCACGCUUGCUCUGUUCUUCGAAAAGUCAGGCUGGUCAUUUGUCUGGCAGGCCCAGUGGCGCUGGAAUCAUAUUGCCUCGAAAUGUUACUCAACUCAGUUCGCGGUUUCAUAGUCGAUGCAGAAUGCGCCGACGACGCCCUGGGUUUGACCCAAUAUCUUUUGACUGGGGGGCGAGAAUAUCUGACCCAGAAACCGUCCUUCCUCGCGGGAUAUGCUUUAUCUACUCUUGCUUCUCUACGAGUUUUUCUCGAGUCAAGCCAGUCCAGCACAACCCAAGAGAGCCAGUUCAAAGCCACAAUGAAUAAGACGCAAAAGUUCCACGAUUGGUUCAGUAAAUACUUGUCUGACUACGUUUCACCUUCCUUUCAAGAUGACGAACAAUGUAAUUUAUUCAAAUCGAUAACUUACUCCGCAGCCCGCAUCAGAUCGUCCGGCAACGCCGAGAAAGGUACAUCAGAGAGUAAACUACUUCUUGAUAUUCUGAGAGAUGGUGCCACUGGAAGUCGCUUGCUAAAUGAAUCAUCGCGCGAGCUUGCGUUAAAGCUGCUUUGCGGAGACUUCACGAUACCAGCCACAAUUCGAGAAGAUAUUGUCGAAACUGAUGCUGCUGCAAUUGAGCAGGCGUCAAGUGUGUGGAAAAGCUGUGAAGCGCAAGAUCUUAGCAAAAAUUACCUGUCUUGGGCAGGACGUGUCGUUGGCCGCUCGUUUGCUGCAUCCGGAGAUAUCCCAGAAGAUGUGCUUAAAGAAUCCGGCGUAAGCUUUUACGGUCACGUUGCUCCAAGCCCCAACGGAUCAGAGAUGGGGCUACUAUAUCUCCUGCAAGAUCUUACAGCAGACCAAAAUUCAAUGAUGGCUGGGUUAGCAGAGGCAGCACUACGGAAGGCAGUCUCGCAAGCGAUAGAAGAUGAGGAUGAACCUUUGGUUGUCGCAUGCCAAAGAAGCUUAUCUGAGAGCCUUUUCACAGCCUCACAAUGGGGUAGCUUCUGUUCUCCAGAUAUGAAGGCUACACAGGACUCGAAAUUAGACGGCGGGCAAUCCAUCUGGGAAGACAGUAUUUCAUCUCCAAGCUGGUUGCGAAGGAUCAGCACUCAUUUGGUUUCGAUUGUUUCGGAUUCAAUAUUGCUAUCGGUUUUGACACCAGUCUUAACCGAAGUACCUGGGUUUACCGAAAAAGCGUUCCCUUUUAUUGUGCAUCUAGUUUUGUGCUUCCAAAUUGAACAACAGCAGGCGGCCAAACGGCAAUUGUCAUCGGCAAUGAAGGAGUGGCUACGAGACGAUAGGCCAACGGCAACACAGAACCUGAAGUUGCUGAUUAACACCAUCCUUUAUCUCCGCACUCAGGAGUAUCCCAAGGAGUCGUCUAUUGCAGAUCGAAUGCACUGGCUCGAUAUUGAUUAUGCAGCGGCAACCGCUUCUGCGUCUCGAUGUGGCAUGCACAAGACGGCUCUGCUCUUUGCGGAAUUGGCCUCCUCCGAGGUUUCACGACCAUCUCGGAGAUCUUCGGCGCACCGAGAACACGACAUUAACGACGUGCUGCUGAACAUAUUUGAAAAUAUCGAUGAUCCCGAUACGUACUACGGUCUACCGGAAGAUGCAAGCUUGUCAAAGGUUGUUGCUCGAGUGGAAUAUGAAAAUGAAGGGUCAAAGAGCCUUGCCUUUCGAGGUGCGCAAUACGAUAGCCAUAUUCGCCUGCGGCGUCGAGAGGCAGAAACAGAUGGUCAAGCUCUCGUUAAAGCACUGGGAACGUUGGGGCUCUCUGGCUUAGCUCACUCGAUACUUCAAACACAGGAAAGCCUUGGGGUGAGCAAUCCAUCUGUUGACAAUACUUUCACCACAGCAAGGCGAUUGCAGAUGUGGAACUUACCUACGCCGGGAAAUAGUGAACACCACGCUGUAAUUCUAUAUCAAGCGUACCAAAGCAUUCACAAUUCCACGGUCUUGUCAGAUGUUCAAACCGCUAUUUAUGAAGGCUUCGGUGGUAUUAUGAAAAACAUCGCGAAUUGCAACCUCAAUGCAACGGCUCUUAGGGGCCGUCUGGCCGCAUUAGCAGCUCUCACGGAACUAGAUGACGUGCUAAAUAUCGCAGACCCGUCCGAGGUUCCCAGCAUGAUAACAAAGUUCAAGAACCGCUCCGAAUGGAUGCGAAGUGGAAUGUAUGGCGAUGUUGGUCAAGUUCUAUCUUGCAGAGAGACAUCAGUCAGUAUGGUUUGCCAGCAUAUCAGCUUGUUAAAACAUGCCAAGAUGUCAGCAGAUGUACUGCGGCAAAUGCAAGUGGAAUCAAUGAUUUUGUCAUCUGGAAUCUAUCGAUACCACCAAGCAACUCAGGAGUCCCUGAAUAUUGCAACUGCACUCUCUGAUAUGAUUCCAUUGUGCGAAAAUUUGAAUUUGCACGUUGAUGCCGCCAUCAAAAUUGAGGUCGCCAAUUCGCUAUGGGAUCACGGUGAAAUGGGAACCUCAAUUCGUAUGCUACAAGCAAUUGAUAAGGAGUCAUCGCUACCAAAACAGAGCAUUCGGGUCAAUAGGUCCGACCUCCUUUCCAAGAUUGGACACAAAGUGUCCCUGGCUCGCCUGGAAAACCCUCACGACAUUCAAAAAACUUACCUUGGUCCAGCGCUGAAGGAGUUGAAACGAGAAGGCAGCAGUGAGGCAGGGUCGGUCUAUCAUCAAUUUGCUACCUUCUGCGAUGAACAACUGCAGGACCCAGACGGGCUCGAGGACUUGGCAAGAUUACAAAAUUUGCGCGCAGCCAAGAAUGAUGAAGUCAAGGAUCUCAAGGCUCUCAUUGACUCGACCAAAGAAAGUCAACUAAAAGCCAAGUAUGCACACGUCCUCUCCAAAGAGAAGCAGUGGCUAGAGCUUGAUGAGAAGGAGCUGAAGCGAGUAGAGCAAACACGAAGUGAGUUUGUUCAGCUUAGCUUGGAAAAUUAUCUGCUCUCUCUUAUCUCAUCGGAUGACUACGACAAUGAUGCGCUGCGUUUUACGGCAUUGUGGCUAGAGAGGUCUGCUGAGGAAUCAACAAAUAAGGCCGUCAUGAAGCAUUUGUCCCUUGUCCCCACGAGAAAGUUUGCACCAUUGAUGAAUCAGCUGACCUCUCGGCUUCAAAGUCAGGAGGGCACAUUCCAAAAACUGCUCUUUGAGCUCAUUUACACCAUCUGUAUUGACCAUCCCUACCACGGGAUGUAUCAGAUUUGGUCAGGAACGAAAGCUCGAGCUCAGCAGAAAGAUGACGUGGCUGUGCAGAGAGUUAGAGCAACAGAGAAAGUUGCGCAAAAACUCUCUGCAAACAAGUCAGUCGCAAAUAUUUGGUUGUCAAUUGAUAAGACGAGCAAGUACUACCACGGCCUUGCAAUGGAAAGAAACCCUAACAAGUACAAGUCUGGAGCCAAGAUUCCGCUUAAGGAUUCUGCAGCAGGGCAGUACCUGGUCAGUUACCUUGCACGAUAUCGUAUUCCUCCCCCAACAUUGCACAUUGAGGUCUCAGUCACCAAGGACUACUCCAAUGUUCCCUUCAUAUCUAAGCUGGAGCCCACAAUGACAAUUGCGUCGGGGGUCAGCGCACCAAAGAUCAUUACUGCUGUCGGCACCAAUGGGAUCAGGUAUAAACAGCUGGUCAAAGGCGGCCAUGACGAUCUGCGACAGGACGCAAUCAUGGAGCAAGUGUUUGCCGCCGUAUCGUCUCUUUUGAAGCUGCACCGAAGCACGCAACAAAGAAACCUUGGCAUCAGGACCUACAAAGUUUUGCCACUUACGGCAUCAUCUGGUCUUAUCGAGUUCGUUCCAAACACGAUUCCGUUGCAUGAGUUUCUCAUGCCAGCACAUGAGAGAUACUAUCCGAGGGAUCUCAAGGGUUCGCAGUGCCGUAAAGAGAUUUUCAAUGUGCAGAACAGAACAACUGAAACGCGCCUAAGCACGUAUCGCAAAGUAACCGACAGAUUUCAUCCCGUAAUGAGAUAUUUCUUCAUGGAGUACUUUGUCGAUCCGGAUGAAUGGUUCGUCCGAAGAUUGGCGUAUACACGGAGUACUGCAGCGAUUUCUAUGCUGGGCCACGUCCUUGGACUGGGUGACCGUCAUGGCCACAACAUUCUUCUAGAUUCCCGGACUGGUGAGGCAGUGCACAUUGAUCUUGGUGUGGCCUUUGAGGCUGGUCGUAUUCUCCCAGUGCCAGAGCUGGUCCCUUUCCGGCUGACUAGAGACAUUGUAGACGGUAUGGGAAUCACCAAAACCGAAGGUGUUUUCAGGCGUUGCUGCGAAUUCACACUUGAUGCAUUGCGAGAGGAGCAGUACUCAAUCAUGACGAUUCUGGAUGUCCUGCGAUACGACCCUCUGUACACCUGGUCAAUAUCACCGCUCCGACUAGCCAAGCUCCAGAAAGCCAGAGACGAAGAGGGUGGCGGAGAGGAGCCGGAACCUAGUGACACAGCAGAGGCAAAGAAGGCGAAAAAGCAAAAUGGCCGGACGAACGAGCCUUCUGAAGCAGAUCGAGCACUCGAGGUUGUGAGGAAGAAGUUGUCAAAGACUCUCAGUGUAACGGCAACAGUCAAUGACUUGAUCAACAUGGCUACAGACGAACGUAACUUGGCUGUAUUGUACUCUGGUAAGAAAUCCCGAUGA